CUUUGCGUUUACAGUGUUGUGUACGCUCACUUUUUUCUGAUCAACGUUUAGGCGGCUUUAGUUUCUCUACGGUCGUCCCGGACAAGGUUACACCACUUCACUAGAAGUUAUGGGUGGCGACCUUACUGAACAUGGCCAUCAUCACGAACCGAAACCUCCGGCGAUUCCAGAUUACAGGAUUUACAAAGUCGAGGACGUCCCGAGGCUGGUGAAAAUGAGGGAUACCCUAGCCCAAGAGGGCCUCAAGGACCCCUGGAUGAGGAAUGAAGUGUGGCGUUACAAAGAGUACACGAAGAACAACAGUUUGACCCUUCUCAAGAAUGCUUUUUCACGUGGACUGAAGCCUGGCCUAGCACUGGCUGUAGCAACGGUUGUUUUAGAGAAAGCAUACGACUACGCUUUCCCGAAACAGCACCACCAUCCUUACUAUGAGAAGAAUGAGGGCCACCACUAAUUAGUACAGAAAUAUUUGACAAGUAAUGCUAAUGAAUAAACAAGUUCACUUGUAGAGAUUUA